AUGUUGGACAAUCUUCCAAACGAGAUUGCAAGAAUUAAAUCAUUCAUUUCCAAAUUGCCUGUAAUGUUUCAUACAAAUACAAAUGAAAAUUUAAGAGAGACAUCAAAUUUUUUAGCAAUCCGCCAACUAGAGCAAAAAGAACUAAAAAUUAAUAUUGAUAAUAAUUCAAAAGAAAUAUUAAUAUGUGCAAUUAAAGUAAAUUUCAGUAUGGUAUGUUCAUUUGUAGCAUUGGUACCGGAAGUACAUAUCAUACUGAUAGAUCUAUCCACCACAUUAUUUUGUUUAAUUAGUGGUAUUGUUUGUGUUUUAUAUAUGUUACUUUACACUGAUUCGUGUUUGAUCAAAUUCUACUACUUGAAAAUCAAUCAAUUAUGUAAUAUUGGUAAUGACGAUGGUGCAGUAGUACUAGUUAUAAUUAAAAUCAAUCCAUUACCUCAUCCAAUCGAAAUUAUUCAAUAG